UGACUGUUUCAGACCAUAUUGGCGUGCAUCGAUGUUUCUUCGUCAUCUGAGUUCCUUCGUUGCUUUGCCUCAGGAGGAGAUGUUUUAUGUUAUGCACGAUUUUGGUGGACGGACAGCUUCUUCUCCACUAUUGCUGCGAUCAUGGUGUGAUAUAACGUUGUUUUUACGGAUUUAUGAACAAUCUUCUGCAGACUAUUCAGGUAAUGAAUGGCUAAUUUGGAUGUCUGUAGGAUAAAACUUCAGCUGCUUUUAUCUUGAAUGUCUUGCUGACUUUGGUAGAAGAAAGAUUGAUUGAUUCCUGCGGAUAGUAAUCUUGAGAGAUUAUCACAUCAACAGCAGAAAUCAGCAGCUAAGAAAGAGAAUGAUUUCAAUGAGUAAUGGCAAAGGUACAAGAGAAAUUGAAGAAGAAACUGAAUCACCUACGGAUCAGAUUAUGCUAGAGAUUAGUACAUCUAGAAGGACUCUUUUGGACAAGAAGAGACAGAAUAAAUUUCUGGCUAUGCUGAAGACCUUCCCUGGUAGAUCCAGCUUUGCGAAAGUUGAAUCUUCUACUCGGUUGUCUUCAUCUUCUUCAAAGCAUGGACAUGAAGCAGAGGAGAGUAUCGAUGUCGAUAUUCCGCAUUCCUUCCCUUCGCAUGGUGAUCAGAGUUCCUCUACAAGUUUUCGUCUUCCUUUUGUCAAGAAGAUCAACUGGGCUUCUUUGGUCGAGCUCUUUAAGACAUGGAUCAAGGAGCCAACGAACAUGGCUCUGCUCCUUUGGAUGACUUGUGUGGUAAUCUCUGGAUCGAUUCUGUUCCUCGUCAUGACUGGCAUGCUGAAUGGUGCUUUGCCAAGAAAAUCUCAGAGAGACACCUGGUUUGAAGUGAACAACCAAAUUCUCAAUGCCUUGUUUACGCUUAUGUGCCUCUAUCAGCAUCCAAAACGGUUCCAUCACCUUGUGCUUCUGUGCCGAUGGAGACAGGAGGACAUUGUGAGGCUCAGGAACAUAUACUGCAAAAAUGGAACCCGAAAGCCUAACGAGUGGAUGCACAUGCUGGUUGUAGUGGUUCUUCUUCAUGUGAAUUGUUUUGCUCAGUAUGCCUUGUGUGGUCUGAACUGGGGAUACCCUCGAUCCGAACGUCCAGCGAUCGGAGUAGGGAUAUGCAUCUCCGUGGCAAUUGGUGCACCAGCUAUUGCCAGUUUGUAUAACAUUGUUAGCCCUCUCGGAAAGGAGUACACCGAGAUAGAUGAGGAGUCACAAGGUAGUAUCAGCUCUUCUGUCGAUCAAAGGCGUGCUCAAAAAAGAUACUCUUUCGUGGAUAGAGAAGACCCCAGGACGGCAGAAACUAGCCCCCGAUGGGUGGGUGGGCUAUUCGAUUUCUGGGACGAUAUCUCUCUAGCAUACCUCUCAGUUUUCUGCAGCUGCUGUGUCUUCGGAUGGAACAUGGACAGGCUAGGAUUUGGUAACAUGUAUGUUCAUGUUGCAACUUUCCUUCUGUUUUGUGUAGCUCCUUUCUUCAUUUUCAACUUGGCCGCCGUCAAUAUCGAUAAUGAGACUGUUCGCGAAGCUCUGGGAAUCACAGGCUUCUUACUCUGCAUCUUUGGUUUGUUAUAUGGAGGCUUUUGGAGGAUCCAGAUGAGAAAGAAAUUUAACCUCCCUCCGAAUACUUUCUGCUGCGGCGAGCCGUCCGUGACAGAUUGUUUUCAGUGGCUAUGUUGCUGCUCUUGUUCUCUUGCUCAGGAGGUAAGAACAGCAGACUACUAUGUUGUCGAGGAAGAUAAAUUUUAUGUGAAGGAACUGAGUAAUGCCAUUCAACCUUCUCUCUCCCCUUUGCCUCGCGAAGCUGGAACUGCUAUGUUCAAAUCAAAUCCUGCUUUUGCUUCAGAAAUGCAUGCACACAUGGUAGAAGAAGAUGCAAUGAGACCUCCUCUGCUUUCUGGCAUACAAAGAUAGGAAAUUCUCCUGAAAAUGACACAAGAUAUGUGCAAAGUUGCCAUACAUUACAGGAUAUCUUGAGUUCUUUUUUGACAUCGUAUCGUUACCUAUGUAAUUUGUGGAAUGAAUGCUAUAGAAUGGUUGUUGAAUUAUUUACUGAUCA